UUUAUAUAUAUUUUCUUUUGCAUUUUACUUUUGAAAAUAAAUAAAAAAGAUCUGUAGUCUAUGAUUCGCACAUUUCCGCACGUAAUAUCGGUCAAUAUCGGUCAACGUAGGUUUAGAGCCAAAGUCAAGUGUCAAGUCUUCAAGAUCAAUUUGUUGUUAGUUCUUGACUACAUCUUGUUCUGAUUAGAAUUAUAUACAGAGAGUUAUUUUAUAUCGUAUAGACACUUUAUAUUUUAUACAUAAAGUGCUUCAUGACAAUGAUGUUAGAUAAAAUUAAUUCCGGAAGGAGUUAAAAAUCGAAAGAUAACAUAACCUAGCACGACAUAACUUCUACAGUCUCUGCGUAUAAUCCCCGUAUAAUUUCAAACAAGUAUGAGCAUACGGGUUUUCGGCAGAAUAUUAACGAAUUUUGCGAUCGGCAGGAGAAAACUGCAUACGACCUCAACUCUAUGUUUUCUUGAACGAGAUCGAAAAUCAGGUUACAAACGGUUGUACGACAAACCGCCGCCGGUACAAGAUCUGAAUAUAUUUAGGAGAAUACGUGAGGGAUACCGGCAAUUCAAGGAAGAGUUUGGCAUUCUGAUGGAGGAGGUGAAGGAGCAACUGCGAAUGGAUCCUAUUAUUAUAUACAGACCGAACGAGAUCGACGUUGUGUGGCGAUUUCGGGGCAAUCCGAAGGCAUUGGAUCAGUGGGUCACCACGUGCGACAGCGAUUACAACGAGGGCUUUUCAACAGCCAAAUUGGAGCUGUCGUCUACCGGCACUGGUGUAUUCUAUGGCACGCUGAACAACCGUUUGCCCAAAGACGGGAAAAUCAAGUACGCCGGUUACGUCAACAUAAACAGCGUGCCGAAACGAAAGUCCUUCAAGCGCGAGGUCUACCACGACUGGACGUCAUACACCCAUCUCGUCCUACGUGUCAGAGGUGACGGCAGGUGCUACGUGGUGAACAUCGCCACCAGGGGUAUAUUCGAUCUGACCUGGAACGACAUGUAUCACUAUGUGCUGCAUACGCGGGGCGGACCCUAUUGGCAAUACGUCCGGAUACCAUUCUCCAAAUUUGUAUUUGCAAGUAAGGGCAGGUUGCAGGACGUUCAGAUGCCGAUCGAGCUGCACGAGGUUUCGAACUUUGGUAUAUCGCUGGGCGACGAUGUUUCCGGUCACUUCAGAUUGGAGAUCGACUACAUCGGCUUGGAGUACGACGAAUUCCAUACAGAAGAGUGCGCUUAUGAAUCUUACGAUCUUACAGGCAUCAGAUUCUAGUAUGUACAUACAAAAUAUGAUAAAGACAAUAUUGAAAAGUAUUACUUUAUUGUUGCUUUUAUCUAUAAAAAGAUAAAAAAUAAUAGAAAUAAUAUACGUUGUACAGUGUGAAUAAUAAAUUUAUUUACUUAAUUUAUAUUUGGCAAACUUGAAAGAGCAACGAACUGUUUUCUGUUUGUUGUUAUAUUUAUUUAUCUCUGAGGAACAGUCACAUGGUAUUAAACAAUUGUAAACAAUUUCUGUGGUUUGUCCUUCUAAGUGUUUGUUAUAAAAAAAUGAAACAUUACUAUUCUGUACUAAUUGUACAUAUGUAUAGUAGAGCAAGUAAUAAGACAGAUAUUUUAUUUAUAUAAAAUUCUUUUUUCCAAAUAUGCUAAAUUGACUGUCGGAAAGUUUUCACUACUCUGUUUUUUUGUUGUGUCAGAUUUUAGGACAAAAUUCUAUUUAUAUAAUAGCAUAGCAUAUUAUAUAAUAUAAAUAGAAUUCUGUCCUAAAAUUAUUAUAUUUAUUUGAAAUGUGCAUUAUUUUGAUUCUUCAAACAUUUUCCGUAUUAUACAGCAAUUAAAUUAUUAAUAGAAUUCUAAGCUGAAUUCUAAAACGAAUUAUAGAUCGUCUAAAAUUAGAUCUUAAACUACAUGAAUAUGUAUGUAUGCGUGUGCUCGCACGCGUGUGCUCGCACGCAUGUGCAUGAUUACGUACAAACAUACAUAAACUUUAUAUUGAAUAAAAUAUAAUAAGUAAAU